AUGGCCUGGGACAGUGUUGAAAGACGCGCUGCGUCGGUGUUUCGACAACUCGGAUUUAUUGUCACUGAUCAUCCACUUCCAUUUCUCAUAUUUCCAUUGUUAUUAACUGCUGCAAUGAGUGUUGGUGAGUUUUUUGGACAUUUUUUAAAUCUCAGAAUUGAGAUGGCCAGAUUUGAAGUUUCAUAAAUUAUUUGGGAUGAAAAUUAUUUAAAUAACUUUCUAAUUUUGUUUUUUCUUGGAGUAUCAGUUUUUUGGGAUAAAAACACCUGAAAACAUGUAGGCGUGAGAACAUUUUUUGAAGAAGAAAUGACCUAGUUUUUUUUUUCCAAUCUGUUAAAAUUACCCUAAUUUUUCUUUAGGAAUGCUUCAUUUGAAUAAUUUGACUGAUGCUGUUUAUCUUUUUACUCCAACAAAUGGGCAAUCAAAAAUGGAAAGAAUGGCAAUUCACGAAAAAUGGCCAUUAAGUGACAAUAAUUAUGUUCCUGGUCGAGCUGUUACACAAAGUCGUGAAGUUCAGGUUACUGUACUUGCUAAAAAUGAUUCGAAUAUUCUGGAACCAAAAUUUGCGAAUGCAGUUUAUCAGUUGGAUAAAUAUCUACAAACGAGGUACUUUUAUUUUUCGAAACAAUUAAAAUCUUAACUUUUUUUAAAGAGUUCGAGUUCUUCACAAUGGACAUUAUUAUAGUUACAAAGAUUUAUGUCUUCAAUAUAAAAGUAAGUUUUACUCAAGAUAUUUUAUUUCAUCAAAAUAUGUUUUUUAGAUGGUGGUUGUCCUUCGAAUCGACAUGUUCAUAUUUUAUCUGAUUUAUAUAAUCAUGGAUUUAAUAUAACUUAUCCUUACUUCAGAUUUGGAAAUGAGUAAGUUCUUACAAAUUGAAAAGUUUACAAAAUAUUGCUCAUGUUUGUUUCAGAGGUGGAUAUAUUGGAAGUAGUUUGGGAGGUGUGACUUUGAUGCAAGGAGAAAAUAAUACCGAAAUUUUGUCAUCAGCAAAAUCAUGGUUUAUGCUUUAUCAUUUGAAAUUCCAUCCUGAUGAAAUGUCAUAUAUUUCUGGACAAUGGGAAUUGGAACUUGGAAGAAUGAUUCAACAAUAUCCAGAAAAUCCAUAUAUUUCAAUAACAUAUUUCCAUUCUCAAACAUUGGCUGAUGAAUUGAAAAGAAAUGCGGAUUCAUUGGUUCCAAGAUUUGUUCUUUCUUUUACACUUUUGGUUGUUUUUUCAAUGAUUUGUUCAAUGUGUUUUAUUGAUGGAACAUUUUAUGUUGAUUGGGUGCUUUCAAAACCAAUUUUGUCGAUUUUAGGUGAGCUUUUGAUUUGUUUUCGAAAUGAAUAAAUAAUCUAUUAUUUUAGGAGUUGCCAAUGCUGGAAUUGCUAUUUUGACUGGAAUUGGAGCACUUUCUUUAAUGGGAAUGCCAUAUAAUGAUAUUGUUGGAGUUAUGCCAUUUUUAGUUGUUGCUGUUGGAACAGAUAAUAUGUUUUUAAUGGUUGCUGCAAUUCGUAGAACAUCUCGAACUUUGCCAGUUCACGAAAGAAUGGGAGAAUGUAUGGCUGAUGCAGCUGUUUCAAUUUUAAUCACAUCUUGCACUGAUGUCUUAUCAUUUGGUGUUGGUGCAAAUACAACAAUUCCAGCUGUUCAGAUUUUCUGUGUUUAUACUGGUGUUGCCAUAUUUUUCGCAUUUUUAUAUCAAAUCACAUUUUUUGCUGCAUGCUUAGCUUUGGCUAUGAAACACGAAGAAGCUGGAAGAAAUUCAUUAUUUUUUGUCGAAUGUGCAAUUGAAGAAAAGAAAGAUUCAGUUGGAAUAUUUCAAAGAAUUUUCAAUAUUGGAUCAACUCCAAAUAAAGGUGUUACUCAUGAUAUAAAAGAACCAAUGACAGCCAAAUUCUUUGGUGAUUGGUAUGCUCCAAUUCUUAUGCAUCCAGUUGUUCGUGGUUUAGCAAUGUUUUGGUUUAUUAUUUAUUUACUUGGUGCAAGUUAUGGAUGCUCAAAAAUUAAGGUUUGUUUGAGGAUUACUGUAAUUUAAAAAAAACCGAUUUGAAUUUAGGAAGGAUUGGAACCAAUUAAUCUUCUUGUCGAAGAUUCUUAUGCAAUUCCACAUUAUCAUCUUCUUGAAAAAUAUUUCUGGAAAUAUGGUCCACAACUUCAAAUUGUUGUCAAUAAUGCACCUGAUUUGAGGAAUCAUACAACUCGAGAUCGAAUUCAUGCAAUGAUACUUGAUUUUGCAACAAGUAAACAUGCAAUUGGAAUUGAAUCAGUUGAAUGUUGGCUAUUUGAAAUGGAAAGAUAUUAUCAACAAGAAUUACAAGUUCAAAUUGUUGAUGCAUCUUUUUAUGGAUUAUUGCAACAUUAUUUGGCAUCGAAACAUAAUAAUAUGUUGGCUGAAGAUAUUUAUUGGGGAAAAGAUGGAAAUGAAACUAUUGUUCAAAGUUUCCGAUUUGUUGUUGGAAUGAAAGAUUUGGUUUCGACAAUGGAUCAAACUGAUGCAACAUUGACAUUCCGAGAAGUUGCAAAUAAAUGGCAAGAAUAUAAUGUAACAACAUUUAUGCCUAUUUGGUUAUUUACUGAUCAAUAUGCAAUUAUUAUUCCGAAUACGGUAUGUUUGCCAUCGGAAAAUUACAAUUUCAAAAUAUUUGUUUCAGAAACAAAAUAUUGUGAUUGCUUUGAUUGUUAUGAUUUUCAUUGCUCUUGUUUUGAUUCCACAACCAAUGUGUUCAAUUUGGGUUGCAAUGGCUUGUGCAAGUAUUGAUUUCGGAGUUAUUGGAUAUAUGACAUUAUGGGAUGUAAAUCUGGAUGCUAUAUCAAUGAUUACAAUUAUUAUGUCAAUUGGAUUUUCUGUCGAUUAUUCUGCUCAUAUUGCAUAUGGUUAUGUUGUAUCAACUGCUUCAACUCCAGAUCAAAGAGUAAAAGAUGCAUUAUCUGCUCUUGGUUGGCCACUUUUCCAAGGCGGAAUUUCAACUAUUUUAGCUGUUUCGGUCUUGGCAAAUAUUCCAGCUUAUAUGAUUGUGACUUUCUUCAAAACUGUAAGUGGAAAACAAAAAAGUUUUACCUUUAUUAAUUGAUUUCAGGUUGUUCUUGCAAUUUCCCUUGGACUCUUGCAUGGUCUUGUUUUCCUUCCAGUUCUUCUUUCACUGUUUGUUCGUGGAUGUUGCAUUGUUGACUUGAAACAUGGAAAUGCAAGUGUAUCAGAUGUUCAAAAAAUUGAGAAGGUUGAUUUUAUUUUCUGGAAUUAAUAUAUUGACGCAUUUCUUUCAGAACGUCAACAUGCAAACUCCACCUUCAUCUCUUGGAUAUGGUUCAGCCCUGUCGAUAAGAACAUCUUCCCCAGUUGGACAACCACCAAGAUUCGAGUUCAGUGAUGAAUCGCCAACAGUUCACAACAGAUCCAGAGCUUCAAUGAAAUCACCUGAACAUUUAGAUUAG